AUGUCAUUUAACUCUGCUCUCUCCCGGACUCUGCUCUCUCCCGGACUCUGCUCUCUCCCGGACUCUGCUCUCUCCCGGACUCUGCUCUCUCCCGGACUCUGCUCUCUCCCGGACUCUGCUCUCUCCCAGACUCUGCUCUCUCCCGGACUCUGCUCUCUCCCAGACUCUGCUCUCUCCCAGACUCUGCUCUCUCCCAGACUCUGCUCUCUCCCGACUCUGCUCUCUCCCAGACUCUGCUCUCUCCCAGACUCUGCUCUCUCCCAGACUCUGCUCUCUCCCAGACUCUGCUCUCUCCCAGACUCUGCUCUCUCCCAGACUCUGCUCUCUCCCAGACUCUGCUCUCUCCCAGACUCUGCUCUCUCCCAGACUCUGCUCUCUCCCAGACUCUGCUCUCUCCCAGACUCUGCUCUCUCCCAGACUCUGCUCUCUCCCAGACUCUGCUCUCUCCCAGACUCUGCUCUCUCCCAGACUCUGCUCUCUCCCAGACUCUGCUCUCUCCCAGACUCUGCUCUCUCCCAGACUCUGCUCUCUCCCAGACUCUGCUCUCUCCCAGACUCUGCUCUCUCCCAGACUCUGCUCUCUCCCAGACUCUGCUCUCUCCCAGACUCUGCUCUCUCCCAGACUCUGCUCUCUCCCAGACUCUGCUCUCUCCCAGACUCUGCUCUCUCCCAGACUCUGCUCUCUCCCAGACUCUGCUCUCUCCCAGACUCUGCUCUCUCCCAGACUCUGCUCUCUCCCAGACUCUGCUCUCUCCCGGACUCUGCUCUCUCCCGGACUCUGCUCUCUCCCGGACUCUGCUCUCUCCCGGACUCUGCUCUCUCCCGGACUCUGCUCUCUCCCGGACUCUGCUCUCUCCCGGACUCUGCUCUCUCCCGGACUCUGCUCUCUCCCAGACUCUGCUCUCUCCCAGACUCUGCUCUCUCCCAGACUCUGCUCUCUCCCAGACUCUGCUCUCUCCCAGACUCUGCUCUCUCCCAGACUCUGCUCUCUCCCAGACUCUGCUCUCUCCCAGACUCUGCUCUCUCCCAGACUCUGCUCUCUCCCAGACUCUGCUCUCUCCCAGACUCUGCUCUCUCCCAGACUCUGCUCUCUCCCAGACUCUGCUCUCUCCCAGACUCUGCUCUCUCCCAGACUCUGCUCUCUCCCAGACUCUGCUCUCUCCCAGACUCUGCUCUCUCCCAGACUCUGCUCUCUCCCAGACUCUGCUCUCUCCCAGACUCUGCUCUCUCCCAGACUCUGCUCUCUCCCAGACUCUGCUCUCUCCCAGACUCUGCUCUCUCCCAGACUCUGCUCUCUCCCGGACUCUGCUCUCUCCCGGACUCUGCUCUCUCCCAGACUCUGCUCUCUCCCAGACUCUGCUCUCUCCCAGACUCUGCUCUCUCCCAGACUCUGCUCUCUCCCGGACUCUGCUCUCUCCCGGACUCUGCUCUCUCCCGGACUCUGCUCUCUCCGAGACUCUACUCUCUCCAGACUCUACUCUCUCCAGACUCUACUCUCUCCCAGACUCUACUCUCUCCAGACUCUACUCUCUCCCAGACUCUACUCUCUCCCAGACUCUACUCUCUCCCAGACUCUACUCUCUCCAGACUCUACUCUCUCCAGACUCUACUCUCUCCAGACUCUACUCUCUCCAGACUCUACUCUCUCCAGACUCUACUCUCUCCAGACUCUACUCUCUCCAGACUCUACUCUCUCCAGACUCUACUCUCUCCAGACUCUACUCUCUCCUUUCUAUGCUUCUCUACCUUUGACUUGUCUGCACAUAAAUAA